AUGAGCGUGAACCGUUUACCUCCCGUAAACACUCAUUUUCACGAGCACCGACGUGUCAGCCCUGCCCCCUCGCGUGACCUCUCGGGUCCGCAGUUUUCGCCAAAGAGAAGGGAUACAGAGAAGACCUCAUACCCAUCCCCUGCCGUAGCGCGAAGGCCGACUUUCAAGAGGAAUUUCUCCAAACCCACGCAAUUCUUACUACACUCGACCGAGAACUACUCAUUACUACAUGGGAUACUUGAAGACGACGAGUCCCGGCGGAUUUUUUACUUCAUGAUCUUGAACCUCUGUUUUAUGCUGGUUCAGUCGACAUAUGGCAUUCUUACGGGCUCUCUGGGCUUGAUCAGCGACAGCAUCCAUAUGUUCUUUGACUGCGUGGCCUUGCUGGUCGGAGUGUGCGCUGCAGUCAUGAGCAAAUGGCCGCCCAGUCUCAAAUUUCCAUAUGGGUACGGGAAGAUUGACACCCUGGCAGGGUUAGGCAAUGGCAUUUUCUUAAUGCUGAUCAGCAUUGAGAUUGUCUACGAGGCGAUCGAACGAUUGUUCUCCGGUGCCGAUGUCAGUCGAACUGCGGAGCUGCUUGUGGUCAGCACGAUCGGAUUGUUUGUGAACCUGGUCGGCAUUUUUGCUUUUCAUGGCGCUCACGACCACGGGCACGGGCAUAGUCAUGGAGGACACAGCCAUGGCCACUCCCAUCACGACACCGACCACGACCACGACCACGACCACGACCAUGAUCAUGAUCAUGGACAUAAACACGAUCACAGCCACCACGAAAUAGUCGGAGCUCCCAUGACGGCGUCGGCUUCGCCAAUGAAAAACAAACGAGGAGCAGCAAGCGACCACCACCAUGGUGGGGAAAACAUGCAAGGGAUCUAUCUCCACAUCAUGGCGGACGCGCUCGGCUCUUUGGCGGUCGUGGGUUCAACGCUUCUUGUCCGCUGGACCGGCUGGAGCGGGUUUGAUCCCCUCGCAUCAUGUAUCAUUGCGGUUCUCAUCUUUGCAUCCACCAUCCCCCUCGUCACCGCGACGACCAAGAUCCUCCUUUUGUCACUCAACUCCGACAUCGAAUACAAUCUUCGAGACAUUCUCAGUGGUGUGGCCGAAAUUCGCGGCGUGGUAGGCUACACGGUGCCGAAAUUCUGGCUCGAAGAUAUCAAGAAGGAGCCCGGUCAUCACCACCAUCAUGGCCAUUCCCAUGCACACGACGACCACUCACACGCGCAUUCUCACUCUCAUAAGGAUAGUGAUGGCAAGAAGUGUGACGGCGAAAGUUCCGACCCUACGGUGUUGGGUGUGAUCCACAUCAUCGCCUCACAGAAUGCAGACCUGGAGGAUGUCAGGGAGCGGGUCUCGAUGUAUUUACGCCAGAGAAAAAUGGAUGUCGUGGUUCAGGUAGAAAGGGAAGGGGAACAACGGUGCUGGUGCGGCGGAGGGCAGAAGAGCCCCAAAGCAUGA